GAUCCCCCUGUUCCUACAGGAAACAUGGUAGAAUGGUGCUUGCCACAAGAUAUCGACCUUGAAGGUGUGGAGUUCAAGUCUAUGGCCAGUGGGUCCCACAAAGUGCAGUCUGAUUUCAUCUAUUUUCGGAAGGGGCCCUUCUUUGGCCUGGCCUGCUUUGCCAACAUGCCUGUGGAAAGCGAGCUGGAGCGUGGUGCCCGGAUGAAGUCUGUGGGUAUCCUCUCUCCAUCCUACACGCUGCUGUACCGCUAUAUGCACUUCCUGGAGAACCAGGUUCGACACCAGCUGGAGAUGCCGGGACAUUACUCUCAUCUGGCCGCAUUCUAUGAGGACAAGAAAGGGGUGCUCCACGCCGGCCCUGGAAGGGGUGGCAGUUUGCCGCCCGUCUACUGGCUGCCUUCCAUCCACCGCUACAUGUACCCCGAGAUGAAGAUCACACACCCGGCUGGCUGCAUGUCUCAGUUUAUUAAGUUCUUUGGAGAACAAAUCCUCAUUCUUUGGAAGUUUGCCUUACUCCGAAAGCGCAUUCUGAUAUUUUCUCCCCCACCCGUGGGCGUCGUGUGCUACAGAGUGUACUGUUGCUGUUGUCUGGCCAAUGUCUCACUGCCUGGCAUUGGGGGCACCAUCCCUGAGUCGAAGCCUUUCUUCUAUGUGAACGUGGCUGACAUUGAGAGCCUGGAAGUUGAGUUGUCCUAUGUAGCCUGCACCACAGAGAAGAUAUUUGAGGAGAAGCGGGAGCUGUAUGACGUCUAUGUGGAUAACCAGAACGUGAAGACACACCAUGACCACCUGCAGCCCCUGUUGAAGAUCAACAGUGCAGACAGGGAAAAAUACCGUCGGCUCAACGAGCAGAGGCAGAUGCUGUUGUACUCACAGGAAGUUGAGGGAGACUACAACCCUUGUGAAGAAGACCUCUUUGUGCUGUUUUUCCUAGAGCAAAACAACCGGAUUUUUCAAACUCUCCUGGAGGUAUCUGCCAGUCAAGACAAAACUCUAACAGCAGAACAUGCCCGAGGCAUGGGCCUGGACCCCCAGGGAGACAGGAGCUUUCUUAUGGACCUGCUGGAGGCCUAUGGCAUCGAUGUCAUGCUGGUCAUUGAUAACCCCUGUUGUCCAUAGGAAGAGUAAAAGGACUGCUGGCUCAUCUGGGGUGACAGGAGCCUGGAGUGUACCCCAGGCCCUCAGCAGCUUCAGUUUUAAUUAAGUUGACACAAAGGACUGUUUCUACUUUCCAAUACAUGUAAUUUUUGCCAUUUUCUUCUCCCCCCAGCCCCGGGCUGAGGGGAGGCCACCCGGGUUUUGUAGCCUUUAAGGGUUGUACAUGGGAAUCUACUGUCUUCCAAGACUGUUUCUUUGGGUUUAGUCUGAUGAGAUCUGUCAGUCAGAGUGAGUCAAACUCUGGGUUGAACUGUUGGGAAAAUCUGUAUAUCUUAGUCCUUUGUAGCAUACAAGAAGAAGAUGACCAUGUGGCCGGCUGUGGCCUUAGAAACUAAUCAGCUAACCUUUCAGGGUCACCAGGGUCUAGAGUCAGAUUAGGAUGACCUGUUUGUCCUAGGGCAAGUCUGCUCUGCAUCUUUUAGAUUGACUGGUAUAGGGACCAGAGAAGGGAAACAAUGUUUCUGGCAGGAUGGCAGGGAAAGGAGGCUCCUCAAAAUCCUUCCUACAUCGAGGGGAUGGUAGCAGUAUAACAUACCCCACCCCCCUCCUGCAUCCCAAUCCCUUGGGAUGGGUUGGUGAUGGUUGCUGCUGGCCCUGGAGCUUACAGUUUACAAGCCGUUCGUUUGACAUCUGUGUCUCUUGAGGGAUGAAUACCUCCUUGGAAAAACAGGUUCAAACAGGCAAGGGAGGAAACCUCAAGUUUCUCUGAGAGCUCUCUGGAAAGAUUGUUUGCAGUCCUGAAGCAGAAACUUCUAGUGGAUUCUGAAAUGUAGCCAAGGUCUGAGCUGGUUGACUCAGAGGUUGGGAUGUGGUGUGAACAGCUCUCUUAACCAGUUUGGAACUCCCAUAGACUUGUCUUUCACAGAGACAACAUCCCUUAGGCUAAGCAAUUGGAUCCAUAGGUCUAACAGAUUUGACAGGGAAAAUUCAACGGUGCCUCCCCUGCCAAGAGAGUAGCUGGAAACCACGGACUAACAACCUGCCCCACUUUCUUUGGUCUAGGAUGGGAUUCAACUUGUUCUUUGGGGCUGGGUCACUUGUGACUGCUAAGUUACUAGAUGACACUAUGUGAGAGGUAGUUGUUAACCAUACUCAGAAAGCCAGUUCUAAUGCGAGUCUCCUUAAAGAUUUUGACUGAGAUCUUGCAUCUUUUCCUGGGCUCUUCCUAGCCAUCAGACAUCAUGUCUGUAGCCAGAGAGCAGCCAGGCUGAUGUCUGCAGCAGAGAGGACUUCAAAUGGAGGGGCUGUGACUCUUAUCUCCCUCAAUUCUAGGUUCUUGAGGGUUGCUGCUUAACAAGUAUUUUCACUGUAGUUUCCUAUUUAAAAAAAAAAAAAAAUCAAGAGUGAUGAGAUUUGCCUGUGUGUGGAAAUGCAAACACACUGAUGAGUCAGGGUAACAUCUUUUCUGUAAAUAUAUAAAUAAAUUUAGGCACUGACAUAAACUCUUCAGCUAAUAGAUUUUUCUCCUCUGCAAUGUGGGUUUAGCCAUCAUUCCAGUAACAUGUUUACAGAAAGCAUAGCAGUGCUCAGUGGCUGAAGUUCUACCUGCUUUUUCCUUAUGGCUUCCUUCUCCUCUUGCCCCAGGGCUGACUGAGCAGGGACCACCUGAUGCUGAUGAAACAACACUUCUUCUGGUGACCUCUAAGAGCUGUUGGGGGUAGAUAGAUAGCCAGAGAUAGGAAAAGCCCAUUUCUGAGAACCUCCCCAGAACCUUGUGCUCGCCAACACUGUUUCCUGUGCUGUUGUAGUUGGGAGCUGGGAAGACCUGAUGUGAAGAUUACAGAUGGCAAGGGUGAGAAUGGUUGUCCUUUGCUCAGUUGGGCCGUGUGGGCCCUUUUUAACUAAGCAGCUGUUUUCCUGUGGUCUCUUAGUGACCCACCCACCCAUGCAGAGGGCCAGUGUAUGGGUGGCCCCAGAGGGACUACAACCCUGAGACCAUGCCAUGUCUUACUUAGGUCAUAGGUUCUGGGCUUAGCUGACCCCAGAGCAGAACUUGUUCAACAUGUCUUUUAAUCCUUUCCUACCUUGCGGCUUCCUCCUGGGGUCAGCAGCGUGCAUGUAUGUCAGCACCUCCGUUUCUCAGCUUCGGAGUGUCUUAGACUUCACACCAGAUUGCUCCCCCAGCGGCCGUGAGCAGAUGCAAGCCUGCCUCCUAUGCUGGGAGUUCCCUACAAAGGGAGGUAGUUCGUGUAGAACGAUCCAGGAAAUCCCUGUACAGUGAUGGCAGAAGCUAGGAGCCACAGGAUUUGCUUUUUUGUCAUUCUUGAAAUACUUUCUGAAGAACCACCUGGUUUGAUUGGGAAGAAGUUAGUUCACAUCCUUCAGAACUUUUCUAGGUCUAACCAUCAGCCUAGUCAGGCAUUAUUAUUACCACUGGCCACUAGGGGCCAGGGUUAAAAAUUCAGACUUGGGUCCUGCCACUGUGCUGGUGGCCCUCAUUGGAUCCCUGCCUAAGCUGGCAGAGACCUCUGGGGAGCACUAAACCCCAUCUGUACCAUUCUAGGAACCCUGUGCCAAUCAGGAAGCAUUUGCUGACUUGCACUGCUGGCCACUCGGGCAUUUUUUAUGUUAGAAGAGAUUCCAAAUGGCAACAGUCCUCAGGGGGCCUGAAACUGGGUUUUAGAUUUGUGGGAUGCAUGUUAAAUAUACGUAUAGCAAAGACCUCUGAAAGUGGAUGUUGUCCGUUUUGUUAGCAGAUGGUAGGUAAUAUUAACCGGCUGAUUGGCUCAGGACUCUUUCUCCAGGAGGAGUAAGAGUUUAUCUCCUACCAGUCUUCAAAGGAGGGAGGGCCAAGUCAUUGCUUGGUAUUAGCUUUGGCUUUAACUGUGAGGCCUUCCCUCUGCUGGGCGCGGGUCCAGGCGAGUAGUGUCCCACCUGGGGACCAUAUGGUCCUGCUAGUUAGGAGUAAAAUGUGACAGGAAGCAUUUGCCCCCCCCCCCACCUCCCACCCUCCUUGGCUGUGGGAGAGAAGCUGUUUUCACUGCUGUGACAGAAUAGGAUAGGAACUUACUUUGCUGGAAGCCAUAGAAAACCACAGGAAAGGUGAGAGUGAUACUAAUAGUGCCUAGUGCUUCAUGGGAAGGUAAAUAUACCUAAUUAUUUAACACAUGCUAGCUAGAAGAGAAAGGCAGAUUAAAUCAUAGCUAAUUGCUGUGUUCCUUCUGGUGGCAAGGGGCAUGAAGUCAGCCUUCCACUGGGACUUGCUAGAGAUCUUUAAAGGGUGGUAGCAAAUUAGCCUUCUGGUGGCCAACACUAGCCUCCUAGAGCUGCGGGUACUCAGGAACCAUCUUUUCCCUUAAACUGCGCAAGCAGAGAGUGAACUGAGGUGCGCUCUCCAGGUUCAGUGCAACGGUCUGUGCAGUGCUAAAGAAGGGAUACAGGGUGUGGGCGGAUGGAACUGUAGGAUAACGCUGAGUUUCACAGUGAACUUGCCUUUCCAUGAGAAGAGUCUCAAAGCUGACAAGGACACCUGUAGGAAGAACGACAGGCCCUCUAGGGGUCACUGUAUUCCCGUUAGGCUUCCAGGCUAUGAUUCUGAGAGCUCCCAUCUCCGCCCCCCAUACCUGCUCAACCCCAUGGUGGAGCCUAUGGGCCUAUGGGCUUACCUCAGCAGGCCCAGUCUCAUCCCAUGAAAACCCUUUUCUGAUUCAGGUAGGGGAGGGGGGUGCUGAAGGUUUCUUUAUACCCAAGUCAUGGGUUUUGACUAUUCCACUUUAUUGCUGAUAUACCUCUGUUCCCAGGAGCUACUGGAGUACUGAUUGUUGUAGAGAAAAGACUGUGAAUUAAGGUAAUGUUUUUCCUAUGAGAAACGGAAGUCUAUUUUUUAUAUCAGUGUUACUGAGUGGUGAAUUGAGUACUAUAGUGUUGAAAUGGAAAGGAAUUGCAAAGUUGUAAUCUGGGAAGAAACGGGCAGCUUUGUAAUUUGGUAGCAGCUGAGGCCCUUAGAAGUGUCGCUGUCCGUGGCAGUGUAUUGAAGGGUGAGCAGAGACUGUGAUGUAUUUUUCCAGCAGCCCUGAUUGGCCUGGGAAGGAUGAGAUGGGCCUCAACCUUGGGUGAAGCUCCAGGACAGAAGUGGAUAAGUGCAGUCUUCAGUGACUGCUCCCUCUUGGUCAGGGUGGAAGGUGGGAAUGGGGGGGGGUGGGUUCUGACCGGCACUUUAAUUCAUUGUAGCACCUGGAAGUUGGGUGAUGUUGUAAAUUUAGAAAAGGAAUAGGAAUUUUCUGGUGCUAUAUAGAGAGUGAAGAUGGCAUAAAUAAAACUCUGCUUUCGUCUCUGUAGAACUUACUCUAGGAUUUCAGCAUGGCCCUGGCUCUUAGAACCAUGUUGACUUAAGUUCUGAAAGUUGCAGCAGAGGGUUUAUUUACCUUGCAGCAGGUGCCUACCCUCUCAGUCUGACGGUGAGUUUACAUUGCUUCCUAAAGAGACUGGGGCAGAACAGGGUUUUAUAAAUUGUGCAUAGAUGGAACUUCAAAGUGAAAAGCCCAUACAGAGCAAAUAUAUUUAAUUGACAUUGUAUCUGGGUAAAUUAAACAAAGACAUAUACAAGUUAGGAAAAAGAACUUUGAGUUUGCUGUGUCCACAUCAGCCAUCAGAAAUUGGGGGUUCUAGGCUCCUGAACUGCCAUCAUGGGUGGCUUCUGGGAUUCCGGGUGGAGGUCAAACGAACAAACAAACAAAAAAAACAACUUCCUUUAAUUGUCCAAAACUUGCUGGCUAGAUUUUUAUAUAAGUCUGGAAUGUAAUCCUUGCCUGAGAAACAAAUAGUUGUAACCAAGAAAAUCUGUUUUCCUAGUUUUUUUUUUUUCUUUUUAAAACCUAAGUCCCUGUUGCCUUAAAUGUAAAAACCUAUUUUGAGUAACAACCCCAGCCUAAGAGUUAUAGCAAUAAGAGAACCCGAAUCUAUUUUUGUUUCAAGCCUUUACCUCAUAUGACAAAGUCAGAAGGAUAAUUGGUAAGUUUUGCUCUGGGUACUACUACAGACCCAUGUAUCCUCUCUCUGUCUCUUCAACUGUGUAGUAUUUACAGAUCUGAAGAAAGCUGGGCUUAACCCUGAGGCUAAGUGUAAAUGUUUCUUGAAUUGAUUCUUUCCGUGGUACAAGUAACACCUGUGUAUAUCAUUACCUGUAUAUAUCUGAACCAAGUUAUGUGCAGAGGUUGAUAAUAACUAUAUUUACAAAAAAAACCCCAAUUUUUACAAUUAAAGUUCACAUUUUAACAUGA